UCUCAAUCCUAGGCUGUACAGCUGAACUGGGGCUUUUGUGGGUUUUGGAUUCUAAAUAUCUUCCAAUAUGAGUUACGGCGUCAAAGGAUCCUCAAAGGGCAGUGGUGGCAGAGUUAGCAUAGGUGGCGGUGGCAGUAGUGGUGGCAUAAGUGGUGGAAGUUGUGUCAGUGGUGGAGGCAUUAGCAGUGGAAGCAUGGGUGGUGGAGGCAUUAGUGGUGGAAGUAUUGGUGGUGGAGGCAUGAGCAGUGGAGGUGGUGGAAGUACCAAAAUUAGAGGCUCAUCCUCAGGAUCCUCAAGAGGAUAUUCUGGAAGAAGCAUUGGUGGAGGUUCCAGGAGUUAUGGCGGAGGGGGUGGAUUCAGCAGUGGCAGCUGUGGAAGAAUAAGCAGAGGGAAAAUAAGCUAUGGCGGCAGCUACGGCGGUGGUAGCUAUGGUGGCGGAGCUGGCUAUGGCGGCGGACUAGGUUAUGGUGGCGGACUUGGCUAUGGUAGUGGUGGUUAUGGCAUGGGUGGUGGUGGCCUUGGCGGUGGCUUUGGUGGUGGCAGCAUGGGUGGUGGCAGCAUUGGCUUUGGUGGUGGUAGCAUGGGUGGCGGAGGAUUCAGUAGUGGUAGUUUUGGUGGAGCCGGCUUUGGAGAUGGGGGGCUCCUUUCCAACAACGAAAAGUCAACCAUGCAGAAUCUUAAUGAUCGCCUGGCUUCUUACAUGGACAAGGUAAAAGGCCUGGAAGAAGAAAAUAACCAGCUGGAGAUCUUAAUCAGAGAAUGGUACCAGAAGCAUGGAGAUACUGGCUCGCCAAGGGACUACAGUGGCUAUUAUCAACAAAUCGAUCAGCUCUACAAUGAGCUGGUUGGUGAAACCAAUGAUUAUAACAAAAUCCUGCUGAACAUUGAUAACACCAGGAUGACUGCUGAAGAUUUUAAGCUGAAGUACCAAACCGAAUGUGGUCUCCAUCAGAAUGUGGAGGCUGAUAUCAAUGGACUGCGUCCUCUCUUGGAUCAGCUGACCCUCAGCCGGUCUGAUCUGGAGAUGCAGUUUGAGUCUCUUAAAGAAGAACUGAUCUCCCUCAAGAAGAACCAUGAGGAGACCCUGAGGGGACUGCAACACCAGUCCGGUGGUGAUGUCAACGUGGAGGUGAAUGCCGCUCCUGGCCUAGAUCUGAAACAACGUCUCGACCAGCUCAGGUGUGAAUAUGAAAAUAUCAUUGAUCAAAACCGCAGAGAGGUGGAAAGCUGGUAUGAAACCAAGAUGGAGGAGGUUCGCCAACAGGUGUCAUCUACUGGUCAGGAGGUUGACAGCACCAACCAUCAAAUUUCAGAACUGAGACGAGACUAUCAGACUCUGGAGAUUGAGCUCCAAUCCCAGCUCAGCAUGAUCCAGUCCUUGCAAAACAAUCUGGAAGACACGGAACGUCGGUACAACAUGCAGCUUCAACAGAUUCAGUCCCUGAUCGAGCCAGUGGAAGGAGAACUGGCCAGCAUCCGAAUGGAGAUCGAGAGCCAGAACCAGGAGUACCAAUUGCUCCUGGGCAUCAAGUCACGCCUGGAACAGGAGAUCGCUCAGUACCGCCGACUGCUUGAGGAAGGACAGCAAGAAAUCGGAACUGGUGGAGGAGGAUUCGGAAUUUCAUCUGGAGGAUAUGGAGGCGGUAGAAGAGGUAGCCUUGGAGGAGGAGGAAGCAUUGGAGGAGGAAGCAUUGGAGGAGGUGGCAGAAUAGGAGGAGGAGGCAUGAGCGGAGGAAGUAUGGGAGGAAGUAUCGGAGGAGGCAGUAUCGGAGGUGGCCGAAUUGGCGGAGGAAGCAUGAGUGGAGGAGGCAUGAGCGGAGGAGGCAUGAGCGGAGGAGGCAUGAGCAGCGGAGGCAUGAGCAGUGGUGGCGUCAUUAGCGGAGGAGGCAUGAGUGGAGGCUCAUGCAGUCCACUUGGAGGAGGAGGUGGCCAAAUCGGCGGAGGAGGCAUCGUUGGAGGAGGAAGUGGAGGAGCAUCGAGCUGUCAAGUCGGAGGACGGUCUCAGUCCUACUCCAGUUCACAUUCCUCAGGACACGGAAGGAAAUCUAUGGAUUAAUCAACAGCCACAUGAAGAUGCUCUGACCCCAAACCCUACAAAUAGCUCUGCUAAUAAAGAAAGAGU